AUGGGCUUUUCAAGUUCAGUAUGUGUCCUUUUCUUCUUUCUUGGAGUCAAAGUAUAUUGCCAAUAUGAAAGUUAUCAAUGGGAUGAAGAUUAUGACCAAGAACCAGAUGAUGUCUACCGAACGGAAUUCCAAUUAAAUAUAAACUAUGAAGCUCCAUUUCAUCAGCAUACUUUAGGUUGUGCCAGUGAAUGCUUCUGUCCACCUAACUUUCCAUCAUCAAUGUACUGUGAUAAUCGCAAAUUAAAGACUAUCCCAAAUAUUCCAGCACACAUUCAGCAAGUCUAUCUUCAGUUUAAUGAAAUUGAGGCUGUGACUGCAGAUUCAUUUAUCAAUGCCACUCAUCUUAAAGAAAUCAACCUCAGCCACAACAAAAUUAAAUCUCAAAAGAUUGAUCAUGGUGUGUUUGCUAAAUUGUCAAAUCUACUACAGCUUCACCUACAGCACAACAAUUUAGAAGACUUUCCGUUUCCUCUUCCUAAGUCUUUGGAAAGGAUUUUUCUAGGUUACAAUGAAAUCUCCAGACUGCAGACAAAUGCUGUGAGUGGGCUUGUAAACUUGACCAUGCUUGAUCUCUGUUUUAAUAAAAUUGAUGAUUCUAUGUUACAAGAAAAAGCACUUGCCAAAAUGGAAAAAUUAAUGCAGCUCAAUCUAUGUAAUAAUAGAUUAGAAUCAAUGCCUCCUGGUUUGCCUUCUUCACUUAUGUAUCUGUCUUUAGAAAAUAAUUCAAUAUCUUCUAUACCAGAAAAUUACUUCAACGAACUUCCGAAACUUCAUGCGCUAAGAAUAUCACACAACAAACUACAAGACAUUCCAUAUAAUAUUUUUAAUCUUUCCAGCCUUAUAGAGCUCAAUGUUGGACACAACAAACUGAAGCAAGCAUUCUAUAUUCCAAGGAAUUUACAACACCUAUACCUAGAAAAUAAUGAAAUUGAAAAUGUCAAUGUCACAGUGAUGUGUCCAUCAGUUGAUCCACUACAUUACCACCAUUUAACAUACAUUCGUGUAGAUCAAAAUAAGCUGAAAGCACCAAUAAGCUCAUACAUUUUCUCCUGCUUCCCUCAUAUACACACUAUUUACUAUGGUGAACAACAAAGUACUAAUGGUCAAACGAUACAACUGAAGACCCAAGUUUUCAGGAGAUUUCAAGAUGAUGGUGACAGUGAAGAUCACGAUGAUCAUCAUGAAGGCCCAGAAGGAGAAGGAACAGAAGAAAACAUUGAUGCUCACUAUUAUGGAAGUCAAGAAUGGCAAGAAACUAAAUAG